CUCCCAUCUUUGAGCGGACCACCUGCUAAACUCGGAAAUGCUACAGUGCGACGCCUCUAUAUAUGUACUUUGGAUGAUCAUCAACCCAACACCGUCCGAUUCUUCACAUUUCUCAAUUCACCAUCACUUUGCUAGCUCUAGAUCUUCAUCACCCCACAAGAUCUCCUCCCAAGUUCUUGAUGAAUAUCAAAUCAAAGAGGAUCCAAUGGCGCGACGAAGACAGUGGUGGGUGUGGGGGGCCAACACGGGAGUUACAGCAGUAGAGAUGCUUUCGAUCGAGAUUAAGUUCACAGCAAUAGGAGUAUAUCUGGAUCCCCAAAUUGUGUUCCAUUUACACAAAUGGAAGGGAAAAUCAGCAGCUGAGCUAACACAAGAUCAUCACUUCUUUCAAGCUAUCAUUUCAGGCCCGGUGGAUAAGUUAGUGAGGGUGGUGGUGAUUAAGGAGAUAAAGGGUUCACAAUUUGGAGUACAGAUAGAGAGUGCAGUUAGGGACCGUUUGGCAGAGAUUGAUAAAUAUGAAGAGGAAGAGGAAGAAGCAGUGGAGCAGCUUGUGGAGUUUUUCCAGUCUAAGUAUUUCAACAAGGAUUCUGUCUUGACAUUCUAUUUCUCAGCUGCUUCUCCCACUGUUCAGAUUGGAUUUGCUGGAGACGGGAAAGAAGAAGCAAAGAUGGAAGUGAAGAAUGGGAAUGUGGUGGAGAUGAUACAGAAAUGGUACUUGGGUGGGAGCACUGCACUCUCUCCUACAACCAUUUCCUCCUUAGCCACCUCUCUCUCUCUCCUCACCUCUCAAAUUGAAUGAUCCUCACCAUUCUUUUUUCUUUCAUUUUACUUUUAACAAUCUCAUUUUCAUCUUGUAUUCAAUAAAUUAACAGA